CCAGAUAUUGAAUAAUACAUUAAAGGAAAAAAUGGAUGAAGAACCUGAAAGAACUAAGCGAUGGAAAGGAGGCUAUGAAAGGACAUGGGAGAUUCUUAAAGAAGAUGAAUCGGGAUCACUUAAAGCUACGAUAGAAGACAUUCUCUUCAAAGCAAAGAGAAAAAGAGUAUUUGAGCACCAUGGACAAGUCCGACUUGGAAUGAUGCAUCAUCUUUAUGUGGUAGUAGAUGGAUCAAGAACAAUGGAAGAGGACCAAGACUUAAAGCCAAAUAGACUGACUUGUACUUUAAAGUUAUUGGAAUACUUCGUAGAAGAAUAUUUUGAUCAAAAUCCUAUUAGUCAGAUUGGAAUAAUUGUAACAAAGAGUAAAAGAGCUGAAAAACUGACUGAACUCUCAGGAAACCCAAGGAAACAUAUAACAUCUUUGAAGAAAGCUGUAGAUAUGACCUGCCAUGGAGAACCAUCUCUCUAUAACUCCUUAAGCAUGGCUAUGUAAACUCUAAAACACAUGCCUGGACAUACAAGUAGAGAAGUCCUAAUCAUCUUUAGCAGCCUCACGACUUGUGAUCCAUCUAAUAUCUAUGAUCUAAUCAAGACCCUAAAGGCAGCUAAAAUAAGAGUGUUUGUUACCAGAUUGUCUGCAGAGGUUCGGGUUUGCACUGUACUUGCUCGUGAAACUGGUGGCACAUACCAUGUUAUUUUAGAUGAAAGCCAUUACAAAUUGCUGACACAUCAUGUUAGUCCUCCACCUGCUAGCUCAAGUUCUGAAUGUUCACUUAUUCGCAUGGGAUUUCCUCAGCAUACCACUGCUUCUCUGUCUGAUCAAGAUGCAAAACCCUCUUUCAGCAUGGCGCACUUGGAUAGCAACACUGAGCCAGGACUUACAUUAGGAGGAUACUUCUGCCCACAGUGUCGGGCCAAGUAUUGUGAGCUUCCAGUUGAAUGUAAAAUCUGUGGUCUCACUUUGGUGUCUGCUCCACAUUUGGCUCGGUCCUACCAUCAUUUAUUUCCUUUGGAUGCUUUUCAAGAAAUUCCUCUAGAAGAACAUAAUGGAAAAAAAUUUUGUUAUGGAUUUCAGGGGGAAUUGAAAGACCAAUAUGUCUAUUUUUGUGCUGUGUGCCAAAAUGUUUUCUGUGUGGACUGUGAUGUUUUUGUUCAUGACUCUUUUCAUUGUUGUCCUGGCUGUAUUCAUAAGAUUCCAACUUCUUCAAGUAUUUGAUUCUAGCAUAUGGUACA